AAGAUCGCUACGUACCACCCAACCUACAUACAGUGUACUAGCCCACCCUAGCAGCCUAGAAGCCUGGCAGGUGCAAACUGUAUUACCUAAGUACAGCAUUCUCAUCCCCGUCACCUCCACUGCAGCUUCAGAGCUUCAGAACGAAAACAUUUGUUUCUGUCCCUCUAUCAUUUCCUAGUAAGUCCAGUCCCGACACCGGCGAUAUCUUUUCUUGUGCGACAGCAGAGCGAAUAUUAUCUUUUAUCCCGUACUACUUCUCUGCGCGUUGCGAGCUGUUUCUAGAUCCUCUCGUAUUGGAUUUCCCACGAGACAGCAACCUAUCCACAGCCGCAAGUCGCGGAGGGGUUAGUUUCCCCCUAUAUUCGCAUUUUUCGCAUCGAGCUUCUUCGUUUACCUAAAACUUCAUCGAGCUACGCUAACACGCUGAACAAGACCUAGUCGCAUUAAUCCACCAUGUCGGACACGAAUCGCGACGAGCGCGACGUCACUGGGGAGGACCCCCUGGUCAACGAAGAGGGCAAUGAUGAGGAAGAAAUUUCUGCCAUGAAGAAACGCGUCGCAGAGAUGGAGCAAGAGGCAGCGAAACUUAGGGAAAUGCACGCUGCAUUAGAGGAGAGGGGGCAAGAGGUCUCCGAGGAUCGAUCGGACGUUGACAGUCGAAGCAUAUUUGUUGGAAAUGUUGACUACUCAGUUUCUCCCGAAGAGAUACAAGCCCACUUUCAAAGCUGCGGAUCGAUCAAUCGUGUCACUAUCCUCCUCGAUAAGUUUACAGGGCAACCUAAAGGGUAUGCCUACGUCGAGUUCACAGAGCCUAGCCUCGUCGCUCAGGCUUUAGUGCUGAAUGAUAGCAUCCUUAAGGGACGUAACAUUAAGGUCACGCCCAAGCGUACCAACAUUCCGGGACUGAGCCGUGGCCGCGGCCGUGGGCGUGGAGGAUUUGGUGGCCCAGGACGAGGCUACUACGGUGGCAGAGGUGGAUUCGCGCCACGAGGAGGGUACCGUGGCGGCUAUCGCGGACGAGCACGAGGCAAUGGUUACAACCCCUACUGAGGGUAACCCGGCUCGUCCUCCUAGAUUCCCGGCUUUAGCCUACGACCCCCUGUGAAGGGUUGUGGGAUUGUAUUAAUGGAUAAAAUAAUCAUGGUUGAUAGUUGG